UAUAGUAACAAAUGAGUGAUUCAAAAAAAUACUCUUUGUGUAAAAACGUUUUCGUCUAAAAAAUGAACUCAUCUUGUAAUCCUCGUGUAAACUCGUGGUUUCAUUUACGUCUGUCCAAACGUGUCCGUCAACUUCUCUCUUUGUAUCUCUGUAGACACGCAUUGCUUGUAAAAGAGGAGUUUCCGACGUAUCCCUGAACGCGUCCUCAGGGGGGGAGUUUCCACGUGUUUCCGGUGUUCGAUAGAAGCGCCUCGUGAGAGGCCGCGUUCCGUUAAACCUCUGCGCCACGUUGCUUUACCGCCCCCCUCCACCACCCGGGUCACCGGGAGGCGCUCCGGUAUUCGGUGAGUGCUAACCGUUAGCAUCCCCGCUAGCAGGCCGCGAGCCCCGCCGCGGGCCCUCGAUUCAACGGAGAGGCGCAGCAAACUUUUCGGUGCGUUCAGGACCCCUCGGAGGCCGAGACGUCCCAUCGGGUCCUCGGCUCUUCUCCAGGUCCUUCAUGGAGGGCGUCGACGAGUACAUCUGGCGGCAGCGGAUCCACCACGGCGUCCGUUACCAGAAGAGCGCCGUCCCCUUCCCGCAGUCGGUGGAAGCGGGCCUGGAGUUCAACGUGGCGUUGGAGAGGCAGGAGAAGCUGGACCUGAGCCUGCUGACCAACGGCGUGAUGCUGGAAUUGGCCGAGUUCGCCAGAACCGUGAACAAGUCCGAGACGUACUUCCUGUUCGAGAUGCUGGAGUUCAACUUCGACCUCGGCGUGGACGUGAGCGACGAGCAGCAGUGCUACGACUACAGCAAGCGAGCGCACAACAAGAUCAAGCACCUGAAGGAGCAGAUCAAGAUGAAGCCUCGGCGGAGGAAAGAAGCCUUUCCCUUCCCGGACCUCGGCGCCCUGUGGGGCUCCGCCGGGUACCGCCACCCGGGGCGCUACUACCCCAAAAUCAACAAGCUGGCGGACAGCUCCGUCCUCUCCAGGAGCGGCCAGGGCGCGGAGAGGGCCGGGUGGGCGUGCGUCAGGAGGAAAAGGGGAGGAGUCUCGUGGAGGCCCACUGCUGACGCCUACCCCUUCUGCAGAGAGCUGGGCGUGACUCUGCUGGUGCCGCCGGGCGACGCCCACAGGGAGAAGCUGAGGACGGAGCAGGUGACCAUCGGGGUGAUGCUGGAGCUGCUGGACUUCUCCAGGACGCUCUGCGGGACGCACACCGACAUCGUCUACGACCUGGUGCUGCACAACUUCGGUCACCAGCUGGACAAGGGGACCUUCCGCCUGCAGCUGAGCAGGAAGAAGAACGCCUGGCUGACCGCCGAGGACAAGGACGCCUUCCGGAAGGAGCCCUUCGUCGUCCAAACCCGGAGACGGGAACCGAAGCGCCGAAAGAGGAGCGAGCCCGACCACUGGGAACCUGAUGGGCCGGAGGCGGCCAGUAAGAGGACGGCGUGGGACGCGGACGCCAAAGACUACAUGUGUCCCGUGGAGUUUGAGGUGGACACGCAGUCCGAUUCGGAGGCCAGACAGGAAGACGCAAAUGUCCAAAGUUGUUUGUCUGAGACAAAAGACGUGGGGCGGGACGAGGAAGAAGCGCUCGCCGCCCCGCGCCCGUCUCGCCUCCGUCCGAACGCCGCGGUUCCGAGGCGCCUCUCGGAUCUCUUCUGCGAAGACCAAAGCGAGGACGGCGACGUGGACCCGACGAGGCGGAAGCUGUGGACGCGUCGGGCCGCUCGCUCCAAACAGAUCCUGGACUCCCGGCGAGUGAAGGACCCGUUCCUGCGCUGCCGCGAGACGGGCCUGGACUUCAACGUGGCAUCGGGCCACCGGCGGAACCUGGACCUCCAGCUGCUCACCAACGGCGUGCUGCUGGAGCUCUACAAAUUUGCGACGGCGAUGACGAGGAGUUUGGGCGGCUUCUUGUUUGACAUCUUGGACAAGAACUUCACCCUCGUCUUCCAAAACGAGCUUCAUCAGCGCAACUUCCUCUUUUACAUGAUAACGAAAGAGCGGCUCCUUCAGAACCACCCUGACAGAAGCGCGCUGGACUUCCUCCGGAGCCCCUUCAGCUUCCCGGAGGUCUACAACGUGGCCGACGUGACGGCUGAUUGUCGGGCCGGGCCGGGGGGCGAGGCGCCGGCCCCGGACCCCAACAGGGAGCAGCAUCCCUUCUGCCAGCAGAUGGGCCUGGACCUGUGGGCCACCGAGGAGCGCCCGGCGAGCCAGAAGCUGGACCUGGCGGCCCUCACCACCGGCGCCGUGCUGGAGGCGUUCGCCUUCGUCAGGGAGCUGUGCGGCUGCGCCCGCCACAUGGUCAACGACCUCCUGGAGCACAACUUCCUGCUGGACCUGCAGGGCGGAGCCACGGAGGCCUCGCGGGUCAUCCGGGCCUGGUACGCCGAACAGAGGUCCGUGAUGAAGAGGCAGACCACCUUGCGAAAGCUGACCCAGUGGUUGGACACGGUCGUCCAGCUGAGCAGCUGCUCGCCGCUCGGGGCCGAGGACCUCCCUUCGGACCCGGAGGUCCCGAACGGACACGUGAAGGAGGAGGAGGAAGAGGAGGAGGAGGAGGAAGAGGAGGAGGAGGAGAAGAUUGAGAAUGAGAAGAAAGAGGAGGAGGAGGAGGAGGAGGAGCAGCUCCACGGCUAUCCCGUCUGCCAGCAGAUUGGACUGGACCUCGACAUCGGCGCCAAACUAGACGCCAAAGCCAAGCUGGACCCGCGGGUGCUGACGAGGGGGGUGCUCCUGGAGAUGCACCGCUACGUGCGGCGCCACUGCGGCCGCUACGUCCCGGCGCUCUACGAGAUCCUGGAGCACAACCUGGACCUGAGCUCCCAGAGGCACCGCAAGGUGGAGUUCGCCUGGGCCGUGGCCUCGCAGGUCGUCGCCAUAGCGGCGAAGAGCGGCCGAGCGGGAGGCUACCUGAGCGGCGCCGUGGAGCUGCCCUUUGAGCCGCCCUCGGUCGCCUGCAAGGACGAGCCGCGGGACGAGCCGCGGGACGAGGUGGACCGCGGGGACGAGGUGGUGUUCGUCCAGGAGCUGAGGCCCGUGGACAUCGAGGUGGAGAUCGACUGAACUCGCUGUGGUCAAAGUGGGACUCGUUGAACCUGCUGAUGAUUCUGUUAAUAGUGAGAAUGUUCUGGAUGUGAAGCCUGCAGACUUCUUGCAGCCAGAGAACAGGAAGUGACCUCAUAUGGAGUCCAGGAACACGUCUCCUUUCUAACUAUGUUCUGUUAUUAAAGUCUCAAACCUUCAUCAUGGUCUUAAACAUUUGUUCUGAUCGUUGAUAUUUUCAAAUGUAUAAAGUGUUCAUAUUCAUUUUUAGAAAACCUCAGAGGAGAUGAAGUGAGAAGCUUGCAGCCACUAGAUGGAGCCACAGCCUCAUAAAGGGAGCUGAUCACUUCUAUUGAUUCAUGGACCAAUCAGGCUGCUCGUUUAUUCCAAUAAGAAUAAAUACUUCCUCAACCAUU